AAGCCAAUCACAGAGAACCACGACCAGAGUUGGAUUUCGGAUACACUUAUGCAUGACACUACGUAUGGUGAUAGCUAAACGUCUGCUAGGAUGGCAGCGGCACAAUUAACCAGGAUAUUUCUAGUCAAUUUAAUAUUAUGCGUUCUAUUCGUACUGGCCGGGAGGGACUUCUACUCCAUCCUCGGGGUAUCAAGAAACGCGAAUACCCAUACGAUAAAAAAGGCGUACAGAAGAUUGGCCAAGGAAUUGCAUCCGGAUAAAAACAAGGAUGACCCGGACUCAUCACAAAAGUUUCAGGACCUGGGGGCUGCCUACGAGGUUCUCUCUGACACAGAAAAACGAGAAAUGUACGAUAGGUGUGGGGAGGAGUGUCUGAAAAAAGAUGGCAUGAUGAACAAUGCCGAUCCCUUUGCCAGCUUCUUUGGUGACUUCGGAUUUCAUUUUGGCGGUGAUUCGCAGCACCAACAUGAAACCCCUAAAGGGGCAAACAUUGUCAUGGAACUGCCAGUGACAUUGGAAGAACUUUACAGUGGAAACUUUAUAGAGAUAACAAGGAACAAGCCAGUAAUGAAAGCUGCCGCGGGAACGCGAAAGUGUAACUGCAGGCAAGAAAUGGUAACACGAAAUCUUGGCCCAGGUAGAUUCCAGAUGAUGCAGCAAACAGUUUGCGACGAAUGUCCAAACGUCAGAUUAGUAAAUGAAGAACGCACACUGGAAGUUGAAGUGGAACCAGGGAUGGUGGAUGGACAGGAAACGAGAUUCACUGCUGAAGGGGAACCGCAUUUGGAUGGAGAUCCUGGAGACUUGAUAAUCAAAAUACGCACUCAACCGCAUCCCGUUUUCGAAAGAGUUCAAGAUGACCUUUACGCCAAUGUGACUAUAUCCCUGCAGGACGCUCUGAUAGGGUUUACUAUGGAGAUCGAUCAUCUAGAUGGGCACAAAGUCACGAUACAGAGAGAUAAAAUAACUUGGCCGGGAGCUAGGAUCCGAAAGAAGGGCGAAGGCAUGCCCAACUAUGAAAAUAACAACCUGCAUGGUACUUUGUAUAUCACGUUUAACGUAGAGUUUCCAAAAUCUGAAUUUUCCGAGACCGAAAAAGAAGAUAUCAAGAAGCUCCUGCGGCAAGGUUCUGUAAACAAAGUGUACAAUGGAUUAAGAGGGUAUUAGUGAAAAAAAUUAAAUCAUCAAUUAAUAGAAUUAUCAAUAAUG